UUUGGUUGCUGGAUAUCGAUCGGACGCUAGCUUCACACACAUCUGAUUUUUUUGUUCUAUAAUAAUGUAUCAUUAACUUAUUAUGAACUGGGUAGAUAUUAUUAGCUAUCCUAGAGCCCCAGCCUGACUGAGUAGCCUUUAAUGUACCGAAAAUCGAAGACACCACCCUACCAUUCCAUUAGGAAUAUUCUAUUUACUAUUACUGCUUAUGACUUAUAAUGGAGCCCCCUACAGAAAUAGGAGACUGGAAACACUUGGCUGAUUUAGGUUCUGGUUCUUUUGGCGUUGUUAUGCUUUGGAAAAACAAAAAUAACGAAGAUUUUAUAGCAGUAAAAAUGUGUAAGUUUCAGAAAUGUGACAGUUUAACCACAAAGCAACGAGAUCGGUGGUGCCAGGAAGUGGACUUUCUAAAAUCAAUUUGUCAUCCAAACAUUGUCGGGGCCAAACACCUAGAUCCUGUUUUAAACUCCUUCCUGAACAAGUUCAAUCCAUCUAAAUUACCUCUGUUAUGCAUGGAGUAUUGCAAAAAUGGGAAUUUAAGGAAGUACAUUACAAAUGCACCUAUAAACCUGUGUGGCAUUUCUGAGAAGGAUUUACGGUACAUUCUGCUAGAUAUAUCAAAUGGGUUAAGUUAUUUGCAUUCAAAAAACAUUGUCCAUCGUGACAUAAAGCCUGAAAAUGUUGUUCUGCAGUAUUGUGACUAUCGUAAAGGGGGAAGUAUAUUUAAAAUAAUUGAUCUUGGUUAUGCUAAAGAACUAAAUGAUUCUACACUAAGCUUUGUUGGUACUUUGUACUAUUUAGCACCAGAAAUAUUUUAUGGUCAAGAUUAUGAUCACAGAGUAGACUAUUGGUCUUUUGGUAAUAUGGUAUUUGAAAUUGUCUGUGGGGUACUACCAUUCUUGCCAGAGCUGACACCUUUUGAGAGAUAUGAGAAAAUAAAAGAAAAGGGAACUGAUGAUAUUUGUAUUUAUUUGUCCAGUUCUGGGUCUUUGGUAUUCUCUUCAGAAGUGAAGAGGGAACAUUUCGUUACUAGUUGUUUUAAGCAAAACAUUGAAGUCUGGCUCAGGGGUGUUCUGCAGUUUGAUCCAACUAAAAGAAGUUUUAGUAAUAACUUGAGUCCAUUUGAUUACCUGAAAUUUAUCUUGGAUAAGAAAAUUAUUGAAGUUUUUUAUGUAUACAAACAGAAAUUUUUCUCCUAUGAGGUUUAUCCCAAUACUUCUAUUGGUACCUUAAAAAACUGGAUUGCUAGGGAUGCAAAAGAACUGAAAGAAAAUCUUUAUUUUAUAUGGUACAGUUCAAAUUGCCAAGCCAAAUCUGAUGAUAAUGAUCUUAUUGAUAUAUCAUUGUUAAAAAGUGAUGGCAUUUCACUGUAUGUCUACAACAGGGAGGCACUGUAUACAGAAAACAAUUUUUCUAAUGUGAAAAUGUUUGGUUUGAAGGAUCUGUUUAAUAUUAAUUUCAAAUUUCACUUAAAGUCUCUUAAAAUUACUUAUAGGCAAGCUUUAUACUAUAUUUAUACUGAAUUGAGAAUACUCAAACAAUUAGAAGUGGCCUGUUUUAUUAUAAAGCAACACUUAGAAGCUGUUUUAGAUAUAAUCAAAGAAAAAUUCAUUAAGACCAGUGCAGAGUUCCAAAAGCUGCUGUCUGAUAUGGGAUCACUCAUUAAUCAAAAAAAGAAAUAUUUAAAGGAGGCAUCAAUCUUAGAGAACAUUCAUGGAUUUUUUUCCUCUCUCAAUUGGCAAGCAAAUGGCUUAACAGAUUUUGCCAAACAGUGCAAUAACAUUUUUACUAUUAAAUUAGAACUAGCUAAAGCAAGUAAUAUAUUAAAGAGCUCUUUUGAUAAAUGUGACAUUCAAAGCAUAUUUGAUAAAGUUAACUCUAAAGGAUUCUUAGCUUUAGAAACCCCUAGCUAUGAUGUUUUGUGGAACAAAAUCAAAGUUGCUGUCUCAGACACAAUAAAGCAAAAAUAUAGUCUUGGAAUAGACCAAAUUGCACUAAACUAUCUAAAAAAAAAUCUGGCAACAUUAUUAUGGGCAGAAAAAUUUGUCCUGUGGGUGGACAACUUUGUACAUAAUCAUAACAUUUUAAUGUUGAAUUACACUAAUUUGCAAAAAGAGUGCACUGAAAAUGAGUGUGAAAUAAAUUCUUUGAAAUAUUCUUUAAAUUACACUUUAGAAGAAACCAACCAAAUUAUACAGGAAAACAGGGAAGUUAGGUGUCAAUUUGCAAAUAUAAUUCAAAUCAUUUCAAAAAUUGAUAUUGAUGGUGAUGACUAAUGGAAAAUCCUUUUUGUGCUUUAGAGGAAAAAGGUGAAGCUAUUGUUCAUCACAAAGUGGAAAUGCCACUUUUCUUCUUGACAAAGCAUAAAUUUACUAUACUAAUAAAAACAGGAAAUACUUCUAUUCUUAAUAUUUUAUAUGAUAUAAAUGUUUUUCAUAAAUUUUUACUGUUACUAUUAUGACAUUUGUUACACAUAUACCUAUAAAUAUAUAUAGAAAAUAUAUUUUAUUUUAGUUGAUAGAUAUCUGUUUGGUUUUGAGUGAUACGGAUUGUUUAAAUAAUGCCUGUGAUAUAAGAAUUAAGUCAUUAUAAAUGUGCCUGUGUCUUAUAUGAAUAUUUUUUGAUUUGUUUGUUGGAAAAUAAAAUAUUCAUGUUA